AUUUUGGAAAAUCCAGAACAAGAUUCGCAUUUAGAAAGAAAUUCUAUUAUGGAUCACAAGAAGUCGCCGGUGAGAAGAAAGCGACAAUCGAAAGUCAUUGAAGAAAAUUUCUGGGACUGCAGUGUUUGCACGUACAGGAACUCGGCCGAGGCAUUUAAAUGUCGUAUGUGUGACGUACGCAAAGUGGCCUUCGACCGUUUUCUAGGUACUUCGACACGUAAACCACGCCUUAAUUCUGCACUCGUUGCCCAACAAGCUGCCACACUUCCCGGUGCAUCUGGAACCAUGCCGAAUGGCAACAAGUCUGCCUCAGGGUCACGUCACAGUUCGGGUCACGACAAACAUAAACAUAAAAAGUACCCAGCCCGUUUGAAAAAUGUCGAUCGCUCCACAGCCCAGACAAGAGAGGUGACAGUGAAUUCCGUGACGGUUUUCAUAACUGAAUACAAACCGAAACCGAUGGGUAGCAGACGGGAGUCAAGCGAGCAAAGUUUCAGCGAGAGCAACGAUUCUAGAAGUUAAGCAACC